AUGAAGAAUUAAAACAAGUUAUAUCAUUUAGAUGAAGAAAAAACUCAUAAAUCAAUAUUGAUUAAUUAGAUUCAUAUAUUAAAUAAUUUAGAUGAUACCCACGACAUUGCAUAAUCAAAUAGUGAAAAAAGAAAAAAUGUUUAGCUCUUUGAACAAAUUUAAGAUUUAAAAAUAAUAAAUCAUAGCAAUUUAUGUAGAUACAUUGAAAUGAGAGCUCAAAAAUAACUUUAAAACAGGUAUUUAAUAUUUCAAGAAGCAUACGAUUGUAGUGUCUAAGAUUUAGCAUUCAGGAGAUCUUUAAAUGGUAUCCCUUUUACAGAAAUGGAAUUAUUAUAAAUGGCAUACUGUCUGCUCAAAGGCAUUAUAUAUUUAUAGUAAAAGCAUAAUAUAGAAGUAGGUUUUUUUAGCCCAAAUUAAGUUUUUUAUUGUAGUGAAAGUAAGGAGUUUAAAUUAAAUAACUUUGGUUAAUUCUACUUGGAUGCUUUUAAUAAAUUGCCUGAAAAUUUAGAAGAUCUAAUAUUUAGGCCACCAGAAUAUUAUAUUUUAGGAAAAGAUAAUGUAAAGCAUAGAGAAUUUAGUUGUGGAAAAGGCGAAGUUUGGUCACUAGGUUUAUUGCUACGUUAUUGUAUGGCAGAUUGUGAAAACUUUGCGAAAGAGGAUGAUUUAAUGGCAAAAUAUUUUAUUUAGAAACCUUCUAAGUUAAAUUUAAAUUUAGAAAUAUAAAAGAAGAAGAAUGAUAAUCAAAACUAAAACAAUUAGGACCUAGAUAGCAAUUAGAAUAAGAUACUCGCCAAUAAUAAAGAAUUAGAAGAGUCACUUGACAACAAAAGUUUUAAGAAUGAGAGCAUAGAUUCUAAAAGAAAAAAAGAUCUUCUUAACAACAGUAAUAAUUUAGAGGAGAAUAUUAUCUUACAAACAGAAGAACAAUACGAGUAAGAUGAAUAGCCUCAGCAAUAGUAGCAAUAUAAAAUAGAUAGAAGUAAACUCAUAGAAGAUAUAUUCCAAAUUAUAGUAGAUGACAGAUAUACUAAUUAAUCUAUUUUUUUGUAAACUCCUUACUAUCUUCCUUAUUUAAAUCCAUUCUAAGAAUAUCUUAACGGUUACAAGGGAGUUUCAAAUAAUUUUUCACAUUCUUUUAGAGAUUUUAUUAGCUAAUGCUUAUAUGUAAAUCCUGAGUUAAGGCCUACUCCUUUAGAAUUGAUUAAUCAUAGUGUAUUUAAAUAAAUGGAAAUUAUGAGCUUUAACGAUACUGCAUCCACUACAACACAACUAAAUAAUUAUAAAAGCUGUAAUAAUACUAUUGAGAAGAGCUAGGAGUAUAUAGAAGUAAAAGAAGAUACACAAAGAAAUGAUGAAUCAUUUGAUUUAAGUGAUGAUGAAAAUGAUAUAGAUGAGAAUGAAGCAGAUUAAAUAACAUAAAACAGUAAUUUUUUAAUUAAUAGCAGCGGAGAAAGCACAGAAGAGUAAAAUUUCAAAUUGCUUUACAAAUAAAUCAUGCAAGAGAAAAAAGUAAAAAAAAUUUCAUUUAAUCGUGCUUAUGAUGAAGUUGUCAAAAAAGGUAAUAUGGAAUAUAUUGAAGAUUUGUUCCCAUUAGAGAUAAUCAUAGAUAUUAUUUUCAAUGAGCUUGAGCCAAACAUUUUAUCUCAUUCAACUAUUCAAAAAUAUAGUAAAAAGAAUAUUUUCAAUGCCUUUUCUUUCAAUUUCAUGAAAGACACUCAAUCCUCUGUGUUAAAAAAAUCUCUUCAAAGUAUUAUUUAUGAUUGUGAUACUUCAUACAAUUUAAGGUUUGAUUGCAAGCCAAUAUAUUAGUACAUCAUUGAUGAAAUAAAUUUUUAUCAAAAUGUGCUUAAAAGUGUAAAAGAGCUAUAAACUUUAUCAGAGUACAUGGGAAUAAACUAAUUUAAUCAAAACUCUAAUUCGUUUAAAGUUAAUCAAGAAAAAAGCAAGCAAGCUAAAAAUGCUAUUAAUUUUAAUAAUACAAUAUAAUUAGACUAAAGCUAAUUUUUAAAUUAGACUUUGAUGCUAAACGAGUCAACUAUUUUUUAAGCCUAUGACCAGAAUGGAGGCAAUAAUAAUUUUUAAAACAAUAACUUAAAUCUAUCCACUAUCUUAAAUGACCCUGAUCUCUCUAUGUGCAUAGCAGCUCCUAACUAAUAAAUGUAAUAAAAUAAAUAAACAAAACAGAACUCUUAAACACCAAUAAAUAAUUAAUAAAAUAAAUAAUAAAAUGCAGAUUCUUCUUUUAUUGUUGAAGAUGCAGCAUAAAAUCCAAUGACAAGUCCUUCAAUAAGCUAAAAAUAACUACAAUAACAAUAAUAAUAAUUGCAAUCCAAUUCUAACUCAAAGUAAAAAGAAAUAUAAGCAGAAUAAUAAAAAUAGUUACAGUAAUAGUAAGACUUAGAUAAAAGUUCUACAAGUAUUAGUUUUGGAUUUUUUAAAAAAAUGAGAAUAAGCGAAAAAGUUAGUAAAUUUUGGGGUUCAAAUAAAAAUGAAAACCAAAACUAAUAAAAUAGUUAAGGUUAAUAAAAUAUUUAAAACUCAAAUACCAAUCAGUAAUCCAAUUAAAUUAACUAAAAGUAAGGAGGAACAUCUUCAUCUGGUAUCACUUAGAAUUAAAUUCAAGGAUAAGGAGGAAACAAUAUUAACAAUGACUUGUUUGCUAAUAGUUCAUAAGACAACGAAGGAGAAUUUCAACCCUACCCUUUAAAUUUAAUUGCUCCUAAUAAUUCAAUAUCACCUAAAAUAAAAGAAUACUUAUUUUACAUGAAUUUAUUGUAUGAAGACAGAAGGGUUUUAAGUCCAAAAUAGAUUCCUCAAUAUUUAAUAUAAGUAGAAUUGCCUUCAUUUUUGAGGUCAGAGUUAUACAAAAAAGUAAUUGUUUUACCUUAAAAGGCGAAUAAACUUUACAAGUUUUUGGUAAGUGUACCUCUAAUGUAUAAUGAAAAAAACAACGAUAUCAAAUAAAUUGAAAAUGAUCUGCCAAGGUGCCAUUAAUACUCAGACUUUUGCUCAUCGUAGAAAGGAUAAUCUCAAAUAAAAGAAAUUCUUUGUGCCUUUUUAAAUUUGAAUAGUAAUUAUUACUAUAUACAAGGGAUGGAUGCUAUGACUUUUGCAGCACUCUAAAUAGCUCCAAAUAAUUCUCCUUCAUAGGCUCUUUUGAUAUUACAGGAAACAGUAAAGAAAUCCCUUCUUAUGCACCAAUCUUCUCAGUAAUCUCCUGAAGAUUAUAUCAUGAAAGAGAAAAUUCUUAUUUAUAAAUGGUUAUUAAGGUUAGAAGAUCCUUAAUUGAGUGACUAUUUAGAAGAAAAACAGUUUUAUCCAGAAAUCUAUACUAUAUCUUGGUUUUUGAAUUUAUUUACAAUGGUUUUUGAUAUCAACACCGUUUUGAAAAUAUGGGACUUUAUCAUUUGUGAUUGUAAUUUCACUUUAUGCUUUGCUGUUAGUUUAAUGAUAGAAUUAAAAGACCAUCUGAUGAUGAAAGAUUCUAAUGAAUUGAUGUCAAGUAUCAGAAAUCUAGAGGGAGUUGUAAAUACUAAAAAUUGUUGGAAGUAUGCACAAUAUUUGCUGAAGACUCUUCAGGAAACAUUUUUGACAUUAAGUUAUAUAUAAAAUGAAAAUGAGAGGAAUGAUUAUCAAAAAGAGUUCUUUAAAGAUUGUCCUUGGGAGAUACCUCCUAUGUAUUCAAUUUUAUCAAAGAGACCUAUAUUUUAUGCAUCAAUAUUUGAUCUUCUCAAAUAAAAACAUAUUAUCUAUAUUGACAUAAGAACAAAGGAGGAGUACGAGUCGGUUUGCAUUAAGGGUAGCUUAUAUGCUCAUUUUAUAAAUGGAAAAGUAAAUGAAGUUGUUUUGUAGUACUUAGAAAAGAAGUCAAACAAAUUGACAAGUUUUGAAAAUAUUGAAGACAAUUAAUCUAAUGAAUUUAUGAGCUUAAUCGUGAUAGUAUUUAAUUAUGAAAAAUAGUAAGAUAUGCUCGAUUCUGUUAGUUAGUUUUUAAGGGUAGGAGUAAGAAGAUUAGUGGUCUUAAAUGGUGGUAUUUAAUGUGUCUAAAAAGAUAGACCAGACUUAUUAGAAUAUAAACAUAGAAUACACCCUAUAAAUUACUAUAAAAGAAAGCAGUAAUGA